UAUUACUAACGAUGCACUGGAAAAUACAGAUAUCCUACGUCAGCUUUUAAAUCAAGAAACCAUUAUUCGAAUGGCCCUAGUACAAAAUGUCAACUCUUUAAUGAAAGACAUGCUGAUAAUAAAGAACUCCAUGCUCGUGUCGGAAACUACUAUGGAAAAAUUCAAACUGAAACCGAAAAGAAAAUUUUCCACUGAGAAUCAAAAUUAGAAAAGCUGAGAUCUGGAUAUAAAAAUUCAAAGAACGAUGAUGCAAAUGUUACAGUAAAAUUGAUUCCUUCUAUAAAUGGGACAUUUCAAACGGUCCAGAACACAAUUUUACAACUGGAAAAAAGUGAUCAAACAAAUGAACAGCAUUUGGAGGAGAUUAAAGGAAAUUUUAUUCCCUAUGUUAAUAGAACGUUUCAAACUGUCCAAAACUUAAUUCUAGAAUUUAAAAAAAGUCAGCAAAAAUUGGACGAGCAAUUGAAGGACAAAAUGCAUAAACAGUUUGCGAAACUUGAUUCAGAGAUAAAGAUAAUUAAAGCAAAGAAAGCAAAUGCAUCAUCCAUUGCAACUUUGGAGACAUCUUUGUCAUUCAUUUCAACUCAACUUAAAAGCAUGUCAAAGAGCGUGACGUUCACUGCUGGGGUGACGUCUGAUAGCAUUUCUUGGAACAGUGGGACAUUAAUAUCCAAUAAAGUUAUUAAUAACGUCGGAGGUGGGUAUAACCCUCACACCGGGAUCUUCACCGCACCCGUGUCAGGCGAUUAUGUGUUCUACGUCACUAUCCAAAGUACCAGUAGAAGUGGUGUACGAGUAGAUAUUGUGUUAAAUGGAUAUAGCAAAGUUCGAGCGAUGGCUAGUUUUUAUGACACUAAUGAUCGUUGGGAGACAGGUACCAACCUGGUAACAUUACCUCUGAAGCAGGGGGACACGGUGUGGGUAAGGCAUCACCAUGGUACUGGUUAUUUCACGUACAGCGACGCUCCCACCACCACGUUCUCUGGAUUCCUUAUUUUUAAAACUGUGAAGACUCUAAACUUUCAAUGUCUGCGUAUUGUAUGGAUACAACGUAAUAUGUCAUAUUGGUUACCACCUAUUCUACGUAAUUUCAUGAUGUGGGUGCCUAUAAAACAAUUUGACUUUCGAUUCAAAUGCACUCAACUGACGUAG